CCACUACAUGUUUAUCACUCAUUUCUUUUUCAAACCUCACAACUUUCUUGCCUUUUGCGAAAAUGAGCCGUUUCAGGAGAUUUGACCUUAUUGAGUACACCCCAUCUCCUUCUAUUUUCCUCAAAGAAUGCUCACUUUUCACACCCAAAACCCUACUUCUUCAAGAUGACUUUGAAACCACUCUUGAUCUCCUUUGCCCUAAGCCUAUUAAUGCCCUUCUUGAUUUUGAUGACUUUGAUACCAUCACUGAUCUGAUCCAAAUUGAAAGAACCCCAUUUUACACCUCUUCUCGCCGGGUUCAACACCGGGUCGGGUUAGGUACCGAGUUGCGGAGUCUGUCUGACCGGGUCAGCGCGCUGGAGAAGCAGUUGAAGAAGAAGGAGGAGAAAGUUGGUGAGAGGAAGUACACGUGGACGGCUGAGAUCAAGAGUCCUGAGAAAGAUGGGGUUGAUAGGAAGUACAAGUGGAUUGCUGAAGUGAAAGAUGGUAAGAAGAAAGGUGGUUUGGAUAAAAGCUACAAAUUUACUGCUGAGAUCAAAGGGAAAGGUGAGGAUUCACGUACGUACAGCUUUAAAGCAUCAAAUGCUAGUGAUGGAGAAGAGAGUGAGAAAAAAGAGAAGAAAAUUAAGGAGAAGAAAUGUGAAAGUAGUAAAUCUGUGGGUAAUAAGGCACGUGUGGUUGAGAUUGAAGAGCCGGCUGAUGAUCAUGGUGCAAUCGUCUUAAGACAGGUAUUUGCUAAGAGGGUGGAGAAGAGAAGAGGAAAGAGGAAGGAGCUGUCACCACAAGAUGCAGCUUUAGCGAUUCAAAUGAGCUUCAGGGCUUACUUGAUUAGGAGGUCGCAGGCACUGCGUGGUCUGAGGGAACUGGCCAUUGCAAAGACUAAGUUGAAGGAGCUAAGGGGUCUCUUCAACAACUUCACUUACCGACGACGGGUUGCCCGUGAUGCUGAGGAGCGUCAGAGAUUCUCUGAGAAGAUUAUUGUGCUUUUGCUCACUGUUGAUGCCAUUGAGGGUGCUGAUAUGAUGGUGCGAUCUGCAAAGAAGUCUAUGGUGGACGAGUUAGAAGCAAUGCUUGAUGUUAUCGACCCCCAACCUGGUGGGAGGCCUUUAUCUGCUGCUAGGAGGAGAACAUUUGAUAUGCCAGAUGGUGCCAUUCAGAAGGAACUUGCAGCUGGUGUCGCUCAAGUUGUUCGAAUGCUUGACGAGUCCAAUGCUGCUGAAACCUUUGAACAAUGCUUAUGAGUGAGUCUAUUAUGACAUGUGAGAUUCCGCUGGUUUUUGGGGUUGCUGGUGUUGUAUGUUCUUAGUAAGACUGACUAUGGUGUGAAGCUACUACUACGACUACCGUUUUUAGCUUUUCUUUAAAUCCGGAUAAUGGAGAUCAGAGCUAGUAUGUCUUCUUCUUCCCAUUUUCUGGUAUGAAGUUUUCACUUGGCUUAACUCCACCAACUUGUAGGGAUAUUGUUGAUGCUAGGUAAUCGUGUCAAGUGUAAUGCUUGAUGUUUACUUGUAAAUCGCAUGCAUUUCACUAUCGUUGUCUCCGAUAAUGUGCACUAGCAUCUCUGUGUUAUUAAUAAUGUGGAGAACAUGAAUCGUGAUUUCAGUUUGACGUUGACGUUGAAAUUUCA